CCUGCCUCUGGAGGACCAACACUCACGACUGUAGAUUUUCGCUGUCGAGUUGCAGACACGAGCACACAAAAUUGGUGUACGCCGCAUAGCCGUGGCAAUCAGACAAGCUUAGGUAGGGCGACUUUCAUCAAAGUCCUUGACUGCCAUUGAGCUACCACAUCAACCUUCUCGGCCAACAUCAGCCACUGCCAAGUCAUUCACGCAAGCUUGGAUCACACGCUCACCCCAAGUGUUUGUCGCCAUGGAACCUCAUGAGACUCAAGCUGUUAGGCGCAAAGGCCAGAUGACGGUAUCCGGCGAAGCCGCCUCAGACAACCCCUCUCCACCUCUCAAAUCUGGCGCCCUGUCCAAUGGUGGUGCACUCGGCGAGAUGACGCGAGGGUCACAGCCUCCCGCCGUCUCACACUAUGCGAGGACACCGCAUCACAAGUCCUCGGCCGCUGUGCCGGCUUCCACGCAUGCCAUGUCCAUGCGUCUGGAUGCAGGACCCAUCAUCGGCAUUACCCUCAUCGCCGCUGCCCUGAGAUUUUGGAACAUUUCUCAUCCAGCUCAAGUCGUCUUCGAUGAGGUCCACUUUGGCAAAUUCGCUGCUUACUACCUGAGGCGAGAGUACUACUUCGACGUACAUCCGCCCCUCGCAAAGCUGCUCAACGCCCUUGCAGGCUGGCUCUCAGGAUUCAAGGGCGACUUUGACUUUGAAAACAUCUCUGACGACUACAUUGCCGCAGGUGUGCCUUACGUUGGCAUGCGAGCUUUGCCAGCUCUGAUGGGGAGCGCGGCUGUUCCGAUCGUGUAUGCGAUCAUGAGGGAGACGGGCCACCUGCCUGCGACUGCUUUGCUCAGUGCAGCGUUGCUGGCGUUUGACAAUGCUCACAUUGCCCAAGAUCGCCUAAUCUUGCUAGAUGCUGCACUGUGCUUGUUCAUGAUUGCAAGUCUGUACAGCUACAUUCGAUUCUACAAGGAAAGAUACAAUGAAUUUGCAACUCAAUGGUGGUUCUGGAUGAUCGCGACAGGGGUCAAUUUGGCCCUUACUCUCAGUUGCAAGAUGGUGGGGCUGCUGACGUUCGCUAGCGUCGGCGCUGCCGUCGCGUACGAUCUUUGGAUACUGUUAGACAUCAAGCGAGGACUCUCCAUGAAUCACGUUCUCAAGCAUUUCUGGGCCAGGGUGCUAGGCCUGAUCAUCAUACCGAUCUUCGUCUACCUCUUCUGGUUUUGGGCUCACUUCAAAAUUCUCACUCAAUCCGGCACCGGGGACGCCUUCAUGAGCAGUCAAUUUCAACAGACCCUCGAUGGCAAUUCGAUGCUGAGCCAGGCACGAGAGCUGCACUGGGGCGAUAGCAUCACCUUGAAGCACAAAGGCACGGAUGCGUUUUUACACUCUCAUCUCGAGCGCUACCCUCUCAAGUACGACGAUGGGCGAAUCUCGAGCCAAGGCCAGCAAGUGACGGGAUAUCCAUACAAUGAUACCAACAACGUCUGGGAGAUUGCAAAGCCAGACUUGGACUGGACAUCGCUACCGGACUCGGUCCCGGAGGAUCAGCGGCAGAUCAAGCACUUGGAUAUUGUCAGGCUACGCCACAUCAACAGCAACGCUUUUCUGUUGACUCACGAUGUCGCUAGCCCCCUGAUGCCCACAAAUGAAGAGGUCACGGUGUGGCCCCACAACGACACUAGCCGUUUCAACGACACGCUCUUCGAAUUGCACAUCGACGGCGCAAAAGACGGCAGCACAAAGGCAUGGAAGUCGAAGAGCUCGUGGUUCAGGCUCGUCCACGUGAAUACUCGCGUAGCUGUUUGGACUCACAAAGAGACGGCUUUGCCCGAGUGGGGCUUUAGUCAGCAAGAGGUGAAUGGGAACAAGAACGCGAUGGACAAGUCCGCCAUGUGGUUUGUGGACGACUUGUACCCGGAUGCACGCGCAAAUGAUUACGCCGAGCGCAUCAAGCCCAUCCCACCUCGGCCCAAGACGCGAAUGAGCUUUCUGAAGAAGUUUGUUGAGCUGCAGCUCCAAAUGCUUCAGCAAAACAACCAGCUCACUCAAUCGCAUCCGUACGCUUCUGGACCUCUGAACUGGCCUUUCGUGCUUCAGGGCAUCUCCUUUUGGACGCAAAAUGACACACAGGAACAAAUAUACCUCAUUGGCAAUUUGGUCGGAUGGUGGGCUGCGAUCAUCAGCAUUGCCAUCUAUUCGGGAAUUAUGGGAGCUGAUGCGCUUGCACGCAGAAGGGGCGUAGAGCCCAUCGACUCGGCGAUGCAUCGACGAAUGACUCAUGCCGGUGGAUUCUUCUUCACGGCGUGGGCCUUUCACUACUUUCCCUUCUUCCUGAUGAAUCGACAACUCUUCAUCCAUCACUACUUGCCGGCGCACAUUAUCAGCUGCCUGAUGGUCGGAUGCGUCUUCAACUUUGUGGUCUCUGAAACCAUCAACUUUCCAGUCAGUCGUCCGGGUCCGGGCCUCAGUCAGGCGAAUUUCAAGAGGAAGCUCAACAACACGCUCAGUCCCGCCGCCAAGGCGAGCGCUGGAGUCAUUGUAUCUCUCCUCAUUCUUUGCUUCUGGUUCUUCAGCCCUCUCACCUACGGGACACCCGGACUUACCACCGAAGAGGUGAACCAACGCAAGCUACUAGGAUGGAGUCUGCAUUUUGCCAAGUGAAGCGGCAAGUGAGCCCGAGAAGGUGCAUCGUAAGCCCUCAAACAGAAGGAAUGUAUUCGUCUACCCCUUGCUCGUCAUCGUCGGAAACGCAACUCGCAUUUGACCCGCAGUGCUCCACGCCACGAAGACCUUCCAGGCGUGUUCCGAUGCAACAGGAAUUCAUGUUUUC